CUGAUGAAGUCUGUGCUGAAGUGUAUAAAUUUAACUCGUUUUCUUUUAUUGACGGUGGUUUCGUUUAUCUGCGACGGCCCGUUGCUUUCGGUUCGUUUUUUCCGCGUCUAUACGUCACUUACCACGUUCGCUUGUUUUUCCGGCUGUUGAUAUGCGCUAUCGAGGAUAAAUGUUGGCGAUUUACGAAGCGCUUCGAGUGGUCUUAUCUUUUUUAACAGUGACAUUUUACAACACAUGAACGGCAGUCGGUGGGUGCGUGAGUACUGUGGGUGCCCGAUAGCGGCGGAGUUGACUGUACAAGAUGAGCCUCUCAGCCCGCUUUGUUUUGCAUCGCCGUCGUCUACUGCCAUCAACAUUCGUAAGGCGCCCGAAGUUUGAACCGCGGUCUGAACACGUGAGGUUUGUCAGUCGUCUUCACAAGCACCUUUCUAACAACGACAUUGACGGCUGCUGGGAUGUUGUUGAUGACCCGCCGAAAGAAUUUAACUUUUCUCGAGACAUUAUCGACUUCUGGGCGGCGGAGAAGCAGAAGAAGAGCUGUGGCGGCAUGCCUGCAUUCUGGUUUGCAAAGGAAAGCAGCAGUGAGCCAGAUAUCAAAUACACAUUUUCUGAUCUCAGCAACCUCUCCCAGAGGGUGGCUGGCUUCUUCAAGCAUGACCUUGGCCUUAGCAAAAGCAGCCGGCUUUUGGUGAUCCUGCCAAAGACACCAGAGUUCUGGCUUGUUCUCUUAGCAGCCAUCAGAUGCGGCAUAACUCUCACCACCUGCACCACCAUGCUUACGGCUAAGGACAUCAAGUUUCGGGUGGCCAAGUUUCAGCCUGACUGCAUCAUAGCUGGAUUGAACGAGAUGGCUGCAGUUGAUGAGGUAGUUCGGAGCUUCGACUGCGUGCAGCACAAAGUACUCGUCUCAAAAGAACCAGCGAGGAAUGACUGGAAGUUGUUUGACUCGUUGCUUCGAAACUCUUCUGAGCAUGAGGGCGACACAACAUCCACGGAUGACCCCGCCGUAGUCUUCUUCACAAGUGGCACGACUGGUCCCCCCAAGAUGGUGGAGCACACGCAGGGCUACUUUCUCGCCCACCUGUCUACGGCAUGCCACGUGCACAGUCCUGAGCAGCACGAUGUCGUGUGGUGCAUUGCGGACCCUGGCUGGGCAAAGGCGGCAUGGGGCACGUUCCCCACUUGGCUCAUGGGGGCCUGUUUCUUCCAAGCCCAGAUGCCCAAGUUCCUGUCCACGACAACACUCGCUGUUCUGCGGGACUACCCCAUCACUAAGCUCUGCGCCCCACCAACUGUGUACCGGGCCUUGCUUCAGCAGGACUCCUCCCAGUUUCAGUUUAAAAGCCUCAUCGAUUGCAUAUCUGCAGGAGAGCCCAUGAACCCAGAGGUGAUGCUGAAGUGGCAAAAUUUAACCGGAGUCGAGAUCAGGGAAGUGUACGGCCAGACGGAAACGGUGGUGUUAUGUGCUUCACCGAGGCAUCAGCCAAUCAAACCUGGUUCCAUGGGUAUUCCGCCACGAAACAUAUUGCUACAGAUCCAUGACGAGAAAGGGAGAGAGGUGGCUGUCGGCGAGACUGGCCUCAUCGCCGUUGACGUGAGCAAGAAGCGCCCCUUCGGGCUUUUUGCUGGAUACAGGGAUGACCCUGAGAGGACCGCCAUUGCCUUUCGAAAUGGUUUUUAUUACACCGGUGAUCGUGCUUCCAUGGACAUCGAUGGGUACUUCUGGUUUUACUCCCGUGCCGAUGACGUCAUCAUCUCAGCAGGGUAUCGCAUCGGGCCCUUCGAAGUCGAGAGCGUACUCAUAGAACACCCCGCGGUUGUGGAGUGUGCUGUGGUCGCCAGCCCGGACUCUCAUCGUGGAGAAGUUGUGAAAGCCUUCGUCGUACUGCAUCCAGACUACAAAUCACAUGACCCCAACAGUCUAGCCGAAGAGCUACAGCAGCACGUCAAGAAACACACUGCUCCGUACAAGUACCCUCGCAAAGUGGAGUUUGUGGAUCAGCUUCCCAAGACAAUCAGUGGCAAAAUUCUGCGCCAUCUGCUUCGUGAGAGAGAAAAGUCAGCUGCUGCCCAGUGCUGAAGGUGGCUGCCACCAGACCGGCACUUUAGAGGCCGACUGCAACGAAUUUUCACUUCAGCUAAACUGGUUAUAAAUGAGCAAUCUUACAGGCUAUUGAAGCAACCUCGGCAAAGCUGCAAGGCUGAUAAAUGUCUAACUUUUUUUUUAUUAGCACCUGAGCGGAGACUCUAGCUGAAACAUUGGCUCCAACCUGAGACAUCCCUCGUUUGACCACUGCCAAUCAACAUUGUUGCCUUGACAAAGCAGGUAGCAAAGCAAGUUGUGAUUUAAGUCAAGGCACAAGAUGUUUUUCAGAAGAGAUCACAGAUGUGCCUCAGUGAGAAUGGCUGUGGAAAUUGUUAUGCAGAAGAGAUUUUAACCAUUUUAUUGACAGAACACUGGUUUUCUUUUUUAUUUUUAGUGGUCUUUUGUCACCUGGGUUUCUUAAACACUUAAUUUCCCAUGAGCGCGGAUGUUCAUUCAUGAUCGCAUAAGCUAGGAGGUCACAGAGUUCCAGUGCUUUGGAAAUUCAAGACUGACAUGUAAUGUUCAUGUGGCUCCGAGACCUUUUGUUUACUGUAAGCAGUACUUAUGAGCUAAGAAAUGGACCAUUCUUGUUUGUUACUUUGCCGUGCUUUGGUUUCAGCAAGACAUGUAAGAAAGAGAAGGACUUUAACAAGGAUGUAAUGGUGUGACGACGACGACUGAUGCCGAAGAAUGCAGUGUGAUGACAGCAGCAUGAUGACUGAAGAGACAAACGCUUUCAGUGGGGAAAUUAAAGGCUUUGAUGCACUAAAGAAGUAAUCCUGAUUUGCAGGUAAAAGCAAAAGCUUAUCGGGAGGAAAUGGGAGGGGGAGGGCGUGCACACACUCUCCAUGCCAGCUCGUGAACGAAGCAACUUCUUCUUGUAAGAUGCAACGACGAGGAUAGGACAGGAGAUAGUGAUGGCAUUCUAACCAUGACAGCACGAAAACACUUUAUUGACCCACUUGUAAAGCAAUAUCCCAUACAAAGGUCAUAUAGGAGUCUCGGAAGGCAUCAAGGACGUGGGAGCUUGUAACUAUUGUUUGUGGUUAUGAAAUUUAAAAGGAAAUGAAAGGGUCAUUGGAGGUUUGAACAUUUUUUCGUUCUAUACUUUUAGUGUGAUAUGGCUUCACUGUGCAUGUAAGCAGAUUUUAAUAUAUUUUAAUAGAUGUUUGGCGAUUUGUUAGCAUAUGUUGAUAUAUUUUAAUAAAUGAGGCUGUUUGACGAUUUAUUCCACACACUAGCGCCUUUUUUGCAUUGUCAUAGUUUUCACAGAGAAAAACAGAAAAAGAAAACAUAGAUAAAGCAGCAGGUAUGAGCUUCUGUUUCUAUGUGCUGUUGCUUUAUUUCUGGCUUGGCAGACGCAGACAAAGGCUCCACGUUCUUAGCUGAUUAAGGUCACUCUGAUUACAGCUUAGCUAAUUUAGAACAAUGAUAAUCGAGGCUGUCGCAGGGCUUUGGGCUUUUGCGGUAAAAAGCCAGCUUGGGAGAGGAGCCUACACGAUACAGUGUGCACAUAUGUGCAUUGGGUGUGUACACGGUGUCCACACAUUGCAAUUGCUUUGAAAGCCAAUGUCAGAGAAAUCAGCCUUUUUCUUUCGUGGUUGUUUUUGCUGUUAUAGCUGGAAGCACGAAUUUUGCUGCAGUUGCAGCAGUGGAUUGCACGGCAAACACAUGCGGUAGCCUACAACAAUUUUUCGUACAAGUUGUGCAAACUAGAAAAGUGAUUUUUUGUACUUCUCUUUUUAGUAUUCAGAAUAAGUAAGCAGCUGUUUACCCACGACGACUUCGGCUUUACUUUUGCGUACAUCUACAGGCUAACAGGUGCAACAAAUUACGUAUAAUGCGACUGAAGGUGAUUAUACCACUAAUGUAAGACAUACUAAGAUAUCGUAAACAAUGAAGUGACUAAGAUAUGCAAACCGGUAAUUUUUAAGUUGGCAAAUCAACAAGCUUGCACCUUGAUGCAACUCAUCCAUUGGCACCAGUGACAUGCCUAGAAACAUUCAAGAGCUCUCCCUCGAGCUGCAAAUAGAUUUGUCUUGACCCCGAUAGAAAGUUUGCCUAAUGAUCUCGUCUCUGAAGCAGUGCGGUGUUAAUUAGAAGAAGAAAUGUGCGGAAUAAAAAAGUACUCGUCUCGAAUUUGUUGUUGUGACUGUGACGGCAAUAAUGCGGACACACGAGGCGCAUUCACGCCGCCGCCACUGUCGUGCUGUCUCGCUGAUGGUGCAGGUGCAGUUUGAGCACAGGAAGUCAGACGGGUCUGCAGAGACGCAGAGUGCAUUUUGUCACCAGAACGACAAAGUGGAGUGGAUGCACCAUCAAUGCUGUGCUCAAUUGCCUCCAUAGCAGAGCAAAGGGCAGCGUUCUAGAAGUCUUCUGCUUCUGGCACGAGCGUUGUGGGUGCAUGUGCGCGCACACACACACACAUGCACACUAUAAGCACACCAAUGUUCCUGCUGAGCAGCCGCGUGUAUGCUCCGGUCUGAGCCUGACACUGCCUAAUAUUUCACCACGUGCCGACUAACGCCAACGGUGUCCCGUCAAUUUCAUCCCAUGCACAAUCUAAGUGCGAGAAAAUAAUUUCUUUUUUUCUUUUCCUGCUUGGGUUGCCAUCGUGGCAUGACUUUAGGAUGACAUUAAAUGUAAGCAUGAAGGCCAGUUUCGUGCAGCUGCAACAAAAGUGGCGUAUAGAAAGUGUUGUUCAUGAUUCAUCCUUCAUAUAUGGUCAGUUCUUAACUUCGCACCCCUAAUUACUCUUCCACGGACAGUCUUUGUCGUGAGGCACGUUCAAUGUAGAUGGUGGGCAUCCGCUGCCGAUGAAGGAGUGGAACACUUCGGGCACUGGACUUCGCCCUCACAUGGUUGAUCCCGAGCACAAGUGAUGGCUGGUGUAAAAGUCGCCACAGCCUUAAGUCUCCGCAGAGAGAUUUCCUUCACUCAAAAGAUUGUUGGGAACAGAGCAGACACGCCAGGGGAUGAGGGCAUGCGUGUCCUGCCGGAGGAUAGAUUUUCGGGUCGUGAGAACUGACCGGGGAUCAUAGGGAAAGGGGAGAGGAAGAGUUACAGGUGUCGGGAAAGAGUGAACAUUGCGAUCAGCAAGGUCGCUGUAGUGGUCACAACCAUGCACCUGCACCCAUUGGACAGUAGUAGCCUUGACAUGUAAAGCCUUGUGAAUUUUGUGAAUCUGCUCACAAAUACACAAAGUAUUUUACCCGUUUGAGCUGCACUGAGGCUGUCAGUAUAGAUGUGGGCUUUGUUGACGUUAAGCAACCUGACUAGGGUUUCUGUCUCAUUGUGUAUAGCCUACAGCUCAAAUAAUAAGGGAUCUGAAAAAUUCACUGCAUAGCUGUAGCUGUAGCUUGGAUCUUGGGGUGUGUCGGACUCGGGAAAACUAUUUGUCCUCUUGGAUUAAUUGCCGUGUCUGUGUAGACCACACAGCGUCCCAUAAAUAUGUUCUUUUUGGUUAGAAUAGGUUGAACCCAUCUGGUGCUGCUGGUGCGGCGAGAAAGGGGUGGCACGUUUCGCCAGGCAGGAAUUACUUGCACGUUACAUUACGCCAACGUGCAGCAUCCAUGUGUAGUUUCUUUACAAUUAUUUUUUUAUUGAACACCUUCCAGAAAGUUCAAGCACAGCACAGAACCUUGCCAACACUGUCCUUCGACCUUCAGGCAAAACAGACACAUUUUUUAAUUUGUUAACUAGCACUUGGAGCAGUUGUGCAUGCUGACCUUGAAUGUGCCUUAGCAGCUGGGCUAUUGAGGCGUUCUUUUUUUCUUUGCACCAUACUUUGCAAGUACCAACCUCUUUAAACGCACCUUUCUGCGGACAGUCGGCUAGUGGAAUGCAAUGUCAUCCAACGUCAUCAUAGUGUGGUAUUCCCGAUUUUGAUAAACGUGUUUCAUGUGCCGACACUUGAGCUUUUAUACAGGUACAUGCUUACAGUGUCUUAUUGUGCCAAAAACUGCAGUUUAGUGCAACAUCUUCUACAUUUAUUGUUUUACCAAUAAGCAAAUGAGAGUUGUUUCUGUUUGCAGUAACAUGGUUGUCACCUAUCAGACUCUUGUGCCCUUGCCUGCUUGUCCAAAUGUAUCAAAUGCGUUAUUUCUUCUUUAUCUCAUACCAUUUUUUUUCAACAACUUCGAGAUUUAGUAUUUUAGUGAUAAGCACACAAGUCAUUUCUGUUACUGCGGCACAGUUGUCACCUAUCGGAAUUUUGCACCCCCGCCUACUGUUCAAAUGUAUUGAUUGUUGUAUCGAUUUUGCCCAUCUGCUUGGUUAUUGGUCUUUAGUAUAUUACAAAUAAAUGAGCGAGCGAGCACAGA